AUGGUUCGAAAAAAAAAAUCGUCAUAUGCAAAUGUUGUUACUUCAUCGCGGAAGGAGUAUGCCUACGAUAGACCAGCAGUAAAAUGUCACUGCAAUAAGUUACCUCCAAGAGACACUUUAUGGAGCGAUUUAAAUCCGGGGAGGAGGUUUUAUGGUUGUUCAGAUUUUCGAGACGGUGGUUGUGAUUUCUUGAAGUGGUACAAUGGGAAAAUGUGUGACCAUGCGACUGAGUUACUGCAUGAAUUGCGUGAUAGUGAACGAAAUCUUUUGAAGGAUAAUUUAGCACUUAGAAAGAAUGUUAUGGAUUUGGUUGCAUUUGAUGGUAACCAUAAUGGUGGCAGUAGUGUUGUUGACAUUGAGGUUGAAGGAGGUUUCUUUUUUGGCAGUAAUAGUAAGAGGCAUAUGUAA